AAGAAGUGAAACAAUUAUUUAAUAUAAGGUAGAAGAUAGCUUAGCUUCAGCAUCAUAGUUGACAUUGAUGGAGUUGCAAGAUUUGCCAGAAGGAUGCAUUGCAAAAAUACUGUCAUACACCACUCCUGUGGAUGUAUGCAGGCUCUCCUUAGUUUCCAAAGCCUUUCGUUCUGCAGCUGAAUCAGACACUGUGUGGGAUUGUUUUCUCCUUUCCGAUUUCACCUCUAUCAUUCCUAUUUCCUCUACCUCUAAGAAGGAUCUCUAUUUCACUCUCUCAGACCAUCCCACCAUCAUCCACCAGGGUAGAAAAAGUGUUCAAUUGGACAAAAGGACCGGAAAGAAGUGUUGCAUGCUUUCCGCUAGAAAUCUGACCAUUAUAUGGGGUGAUACUGUUCAACAUUGGGAGUGGACAAGCCUGCCAGAGUCCAGGUUCCAAGAAGUUGCUAUGCUUCAGGCUGUGUGCUGGUUUGACAUUAGUGGGAGCAUAAAUACUCUUACCUUGUCCUCAAAUACUCAUUAUGCAACUUUUCUUGUGUUCAAGAUGAUCAAUGCCAGUGGAUUUCACUACCAUCCUACAGUGUUAUCAGUAGGUGUUUUAGGAGGCAAUAGCAAUACUAAAUAUGUUUGUUUGGAUCCCAACUUAAAAGGCAAUCAUCGCUUACAAGAAUUACAAUUUCCUAAAGUGAGAAGUGAUGGGUGGUUGGAGAUUGAGAUGGGAGAGUUCUUCAAUUCUGGCCAAGAAGAAAAACAGGUGCAAAUGAAAGUCAUGGAGACAACAAGUCAUAUCUGGAAGUGUGGUUUCAUUCUUGAAGGAAUAGAAAUUAGGCCUAAACAUGUCUGAUAUGUGAAACAAGUUCUUAGGCCUACCCAUGAAUCAUGAUGGAAGGGUCUUUGCUAGAGUGCUGAGUGAAACUAGAAAUAAUAUUAAAAUUAGUUAUUGUCUUCAUAUAAAUUUAGUCUCAUUUCAUAAAAAAAAAUAAUUCUAAAAUUCUAUAUAAAAAAAAGGAAUAUUAAAAACCAAAAUUCAGAUGGAUUUCAAUUAAAAUAGUGAAGUCACCAAGAGAUUAAUCUCAGUCAUUACCAAAAUGGUUUCUUUCCAUAAAUUGGGCUUGGUCUUUUGCAACGAGUUGGUAAUCACUCACUCGAAUGAUUGAUUGGGCUGGUGAGUUUCUUUUCUUUUCAACCCUUGAAACUUGUAAUUGGGCUAUGGCAUUAUCAAAUUCUUUGAAUCAACAACUUAAAGGCUAUUGCUUCCAGCAA